CCAGCGAGACAACCAUCUCCAACCAACCUUCACCCACCACUAAACACUCCACUCAUCACCCAUCACCAUGCCUCGCGACGGAGGAAACGCUCAGAACGCCGUCGAGGCCGAGCACAAUAUCCAGCACGGUGCCCCACAAGGCAAUGAGAAGCCAACAUCGUCUGGCGUCGACCGCUCCAGUAAGGCCGCCGCAGCACCAGAGCCAGAGGCAGGCGAGGGCAUUGGCCCCACUGGCCAGGCUCCCAUCACCGCAGGCAACACCGGCAGCGGCAAGGGUCCCCUCGAGUCCACCGUCGAUGAGCAGGCGAACAAGCUCUCAAAGUGACAGAGUAAUGCAAGCACGACUAGCCUUACCAGCUUGGCGAGCUUCAAGAGCAUGACAGGACCUUGGUGGUCUCGAGAAGAUCAGGCGAACCCGGCAGACGCAAGAGCAGCGAGAGCAGCAUCUCGCAUUGGAGCACCAUCAUCGAAGCAGGAUACAGAAAGUCCGAAGCAAGGACAGUCCAGCCAGGGAUUGAGAAAGGGCAGUCUCACCGCGAGGUUGAAGAACAAGCUCAGAAGUAAUGAAUGACAAUACGAUUGCAUGAUCACGAACACAGCCUUUUCUCAAUUUUUCCAUGCUCGGUGGAGUCAUACGUGCAGCUGAUAGA